AUGAGCGGCGUAAAUUCGCAAAAGGCGCGCGUAGAUGUUGACGAGGACGUCGACGACUUGGAUGAUGUGCUGGAUCAGUUCUCUACCGAGGCACUAAAACCUACAGCGGCUCCCCCGCUGACGUCUAAAUCUACGAUUCUGCCUUCAUCGUCUGCCGUGGCGCCCGCCGGCUCGGAUGACUUCUCCGAUGACUUCGCACGUGAACUCGCGCGGGGGAUGGAGUCGCUGAUGCGCGAUAUGGGCGCGCCACUUGGUAAUGCGGGUGAGGUCCCUGGUAGCGCUGCAUCAGUGGACCCUGCAGAAGAGCAGCGCCGGGAGGAGGCGUUCCGAAAGGCAUGGGAGGCAAUGCUGAUCGAAGGCAUGGAUGGUGCGGUGCCGGGGCUUGACGAUAUUGCAGGUGUUACUGCGAAGUCUGGGCCGGGGGCUAGCACGGGCGCAGAGGCGGAUACGGGGAAAGAGAGGGAGAAAGCAACGGGCGCCGCAGAAGAUGACUUUCAAAAGAACAUUCGUGCGGCAAUGCAGAAGUUAAAAGAGAGCGAGCAAAAUCUCCGGGACUCGCAGGCGGCUUCGACGAAUGACGACGACCUGGAGAAGCUACUUGCCGAGUUUGGGGAAGGUAAGACAGAGGAUGAAUUGAGCGGCCUGCUGGACGGCAUGAUGAGCCAUUUGAUGAGCAAGGAUAUUCUGUAUGAACCUUUCAAGGAGCUCUCAGACAAGUUCCCGCCAUACCUCGAAGAGAACAAGGCGACAUUGAGUGAGCAGCAGUACAGGCAGUACACGGCGCAGCAUGCCAGUAUUGCGAAGAUGAUCGCGAUCUUCGAGGACCCUUCGUAUAGCGACAGCGACUCGUCCCAGAAUGCAGCAGUCGUGUCGCUCAUGACUGAGAUGCAGUCGUACGGCUCUCCGCCAGUGGAGAUAAUGGGCGAGCUCCCUCCAGGUCUCGACCUUGGCGCCGACGGGUUGCCUCAGUUGCCCGAAGGCUGUAUCAUCACUUAA